UGAUAUUUUUCCUUCUAAAACGACAUUUCUGCAUCUACUUCCUCUUCUUCCUCUUGAUAGAGCCAGUUUAGUUAAAAGUCAUUACUUGCAGUUUUUUCUUUCUUGUAAAUCAACGUGCCAAAGGGAAAACGGAGAAAAGAAUGGCAGAGUUUCUCCUAGGAUUUGCCUUGGAGGAGAUGUUGAGGAGAGUGAGUUCACUAGCAGUUGAAGGGGUCAUUCUAGCAUGGGGGUGCAAAAGAGAGCUUAAAAGGCUUAAUGAAUUAUUAACUUUGAUUCAAGCUGUGCUACGUGACGCUGAGGAUAGACAAGAAAGAGAGAGACACAUUAGUGUAUGGUUAGAGAAGCUUAAAGAUGUGGUUUUUGAUGCUGAAGAUGUGGUCGAUGAAUUUGAGUAUGAGAUUUUAAGGCAAAGGGUAGAGAUUGGAAGCCAGUUUAAAGGAAAGGUCUUUGAAAAACUACUUCAGCAAAAUUGGUGCGUAAAGUAGUGGAGUAUUUUUCAUGGAAUUCUAAAAGCAAGAUGUAGUUGCUCAUUCCUUAGCCGAAGCCGAGUAUAUUGCAGCGACAGCAGCUUCAAACCAAGCUAUAUGGAUCAGAAAGGUCUUGAGAGACCUGGAUUAUGUUCAAAAAGAACCUACUCUGUUAUGGUGUGACAAUAGCUCAACUAUUUCCAUUGAUAAAAAUCUUGUCCAGCAUGGAAGAACGAAGCAUAUCAAUGUCAAAUUUCAUGCUAUAAAAGAAGCUGAAAAGAAUGGUGAUGUUCAGUUGAUACAUUACAAGUCUGAAGAGCAAUUGGCAGAUAUACUCACCAAAGCUCUUCCUUCUGACAAGUUUAAUGUACUAAGAAGCAAGCUGGGAGCCUUAAAGAAAAGUUUCAGGGAGGAGGUGUUAACUUGUGAAACUUUUCUAGAUACCUUUUUUGCUAAUGGAUGUAAUCAUUUUGUAUAUUCUAGUAAGUAAUGUUAGGUAUGAAAGUAUCGUCUUCUAUGUUUAAGCAAAUCAACCUAUCUAAUAUUAAGGUCCUUGUCAGUGUUUUGUAGUAAUGUAUGGCUGUAAUAUUGUUAUAAUUUCUUUUAUAUUAUCUUAUAUAUAUCAAUGAAAAGUAAUGGAGUCGUAGGACACUACUAAA